AAGAAUAGAGAUAUUAAUGAUAAAUUGACUGACUAUAAAGAGUUGGGUAGGUCAAUGACAUUCAAAGAUAUUGCUGAGGCUAGGAAAAUAAUAAAUAUGUAUACACUUGCAAAUGGUUAUGGGUUAGAGCAAGCUAAAAGUGACCCAACUAGGCUUAGAUACAUUUGUGAAGCUGGCUUCCCUUUUGUAUGUCACAUAUCUAGGAAUACUUCAGGGGGUGCAGCUGAAUUCAGGACUUUAUAUGAUGAGCACACUUGUGAACCUGCAUUUGAGAAUCAUAGGGUUAAUUCCAAGACCAUUGUUGAAUACUUUAAUAGAAGGUUGGAGAAUCUGGAAGGUAGUUUUACUGAUGAAUGUAAUAAGUUGGUGGCAUAUGUUAAUGAAUUGAAGUUUAGUAAUCCUGGAAGUGAUGUGGUAGUUAACUUAUCAAAGGAUGCUCUUGCUGAAAGCAAGAGAAGGUUCCUAAGGAUGUACAUAUGUUUUCAUGUAAUGAAGAUGGGAUUUAAGAGUGGGUUGAGGCCCUUUAUAUGGUUGGAUGGAACUUUUUUGAAAGGGAAAGUUAAGGGUCAGCUAUUGGUGGCAGUUGGUCAAGACUCUGCAAACCACUUUUAUCCAUUAUCUUGGGCUAUUGUGGAUAAAGAAAUAAAAUUCACAUGGAAGUCGUUUUUAAGUCAUUUACAAAUGUCACUGGACCUUAAGAUGGGUGAAGGCAUCACUUUUAUCUCAGAUAUGCAAAAGGGGCUUAUUGAUUCAAUCUCAACAAUUCUUCCUGAGGCACACCACGGAUUUUGUGUUAGACACAUAAAAGCAAACUGGUACAAGAGAUGUGGAUCUGGAGAAUACAAAAAAUAUCUGUGGUGGGUAGCUUGGAGUAUCUAUGAAGAGGACUUCCAAGAUCAGUUGAAGAGUAUGAGCCAAGUGGAUGAUGAUGGUAAAGUUGUUGUUAAAGAUCUGUUAAACACCACAGCCAAGUCAAAACACUCAGUCCAGCAACUUUGUGUUUAUGCCACCCCUACAGUUCAAAGGCAGCUUCCAACUAGUAAUGAUCCAGAUUUUGAGAUCCUUAACUUUGAACCUAAGCCUGAGAAAGCUAUAAGACCAAAGAGCAUCUCAGAAGCAAGGACAAGACUCCAGCUGAGGCAGCAAAGUGUACCAAUUGCAACGAGGCAAAUUGGAUUUUUUGGUGAUUCAAAUGGUGCAAGUCAGCCUUCAAAGAUUACUUUCUCAGCAAAAGGCCUAACAUGGUAG